AUGUCUACGAUACCACCACGGCGCGUUUUUGGAACAGGCGAUAUCAAUACUGCAGAACAUACAGACGAGGCCGAGUCGAGUCGACCUGGCGUUCGACGAUUCCUCGGACGAUUGUCCUUUGGAGGAAGCCUGCGCAGACCAAGUUUCUCGUUUGGAAGGAACGACGGCGAGGAUGGGGAGGAAUUCUCGGAGAGACCCCCCGUUCCAACUGUGAUGCAGUCCUCAGGAGAGGCAUACGCAACACCGUUGCCGGUGCUAUCUAUGAUUGUAUUAUCCAUAACCAUGCUGGGAGAGUUCCUAUCGGCGAACGUUUCUACCCCAUUUCUGCUAUUCAUGGUGAAAGGCUUCGGCGAGUAUAACGACGAUUCUGAAGUUGCAUUCUGGACUGGAAUUAUCGUGUCUGGAUUCUUCUUGACACAGUUCCUGACGUCCCUUCUUUGGGCAACCGUCGCUGAACGGCAUGGUCGUAGAACUGUGCUUGUUGUGUCCCUGUUUGGCAGUGCAGUUACUUGUGCUAUCUUUGGAACCUCCACGUCGAUACAGCAAGCUCUAUGUAUUCGGCUUCUUCAGGGGGUGUUUGCUGGUGCCGUGGGUGUUGCCCGUGGUUCAGUGGCGUUUGUGACCGAUCCAAGUAAUGAGGGUAGAGCGUAUGCUAUUCUAGGAUUCUGCUGGGGAUUCGGCGGUGUAGCAGGUGCUAUCAUUGGCGGAGCCUUCGAGCGCCCAGUCGUGAAAUGGCCAUCGGUUUUCCAAGAUGUAGAGAUCUUCGUCACGUACCCUUAUCUGCUGCCCUGUCUGCUAGCAGCAACUAUAACAUUUAUCGGUUCCGUCCUCGCAUGCUUUCUCGGGCGUGAUGGAGGAUCUCGUCAGGGUGCAAUUCGCUUGUUACCAGAGAAAGCAGAUGAUCGCCCACAUAUUCAAGGAGAGCAGACUCCUCCGCAUAGUCCCCCCCUCGAUGACUCCUCCAAUCGGUCCUUCGUAAGCUCUUUCAGAAGGAGGCUUUCAUCGACAUUCUCCGGCUAUCUCCCGAAUCGAGGACAACAUCACGAAUCUCCAUCCUUUUCUCUCCCUGAAGGUAGUUCGCCUCAGUCGGUGCCGUUAUCGACUACUUCUACUACAUCACGAGUAGAUCAACCUAAGAACUCUUUCCUAAAGACAAGUAGAGCAAAUGGCUCUGCAUAUGGCUACAGUGGAAGUUACAGAAGUAGACUGGGAAGUAACGUAACCUUCGCCACUCGCCGAGGGAGUAUGGCUACCUCUUUGCGUAGACGAGGCAGUCAGACGGCCGGAAGCAGGGCGAUGUCGUCGAACGAGGGUAGCGAUCUCAAUUUCGCACAGAGGAUUCUGAUGGCGAACGAGAAUGCCGUUACCAACAUUGCGGAUUUGUGGGUGGCUGCCGCGAUGAAUGUAGAUAAUGAAGAUCCGUUUGAAAGCGACGAAGAAGAGGGGGUUGUCGACGGAGAUGAAGACGAGAACGAAGGGGAAGCCCCCCGCCCACGUUCUCAAUCUGUGGGCACGGUUCGCGGCCGGAUGACAUCUCCAAUGUCGCCGACCUCUCCUGGCCCAAGGCAAUCGACUCAUUCUUCUUCACGGCAGCGAACGAGUCGCCGUCCAUCAUCUAAUCAACUCCUUGAUGCGAACCAUAUGACAAGACGUCUCUCAUCAAGCGUUCCAUCUAUAUUCGCUCAUACUGGUGUGAAAUCACCUCCAGCUGUCUUAGAUGCCCAACAGCUGCUCCUGCGGACUGAGCUCGAGUCUCCCUACGGCGGUGGUGAUGCGCUUCCUCCUAUCACUGAAGGAAGACAGCUUUCUGAGUCAAGUUACGUCGGGGAUCUCGAGGCAUUGCAGGAGAAACCACCUUCGCUAGCUAGGCAGCUGCCAAUUAUGAUCAUCGCGCAGUAUGGCUUGUUGGCUCUGCACUCUACUACCCAUGAUCAAGUCUUCAUGUCAUACCUCGUUUCAGACUACGAGGCUGGUGGACUCAACCUCAACGCUGGUCAUUUCGCACAGCUCAUUGCAUUAAUGUGCCUCGCCCAGAUCGCCUAUCAAUUCUAUCUGUAUCCGAAUAUGGGGCCUCCAAGGGGACGGUUCUCCCACCUUACAAUGUUUAGGAUCGGAUCACUUCUCUUCAUUCCGUCGUAUUUGACCGUUGUUUUGUACCGACCAUUCGCAAGUGCAUCAGAUGAUGGAAAUUUCAUAGUCAUGGCAGGUUUGGCACUAAGCACGGCUGUGCGGUACUGUGCUAUCACGUUCUCAUAUACUGCCAUAUCAAUAUUAUUAAACUAUAUGACGCCACCGAGCGCUGUUGGAUAUGCGAAUGGAAUUGCGCAGAGUAUUGUUAGCCUCGCAAGGUGUUUCGGGCCUGUUUUGGGAGGAUUGCUAUGGAGUGUUAGCGUUCAAGACAACGUAUCGGGCUAUCCCCUUGGAUUCAUUGUUUGUGCGGGGGCAUGUACGUUGGCCGUUGCUACUAGUUACUUGAUCCGAUGA